GUUGUAACUGUUUAAGAUGAGCCCAUUAAAUGUGCUACAGGUUUUCGGGCUCUUAAAAAUGCCCAUUAUUGGUCUAGGAACCUGGCAGAUUAAUGGGAAAGAUCUGGAAAUUUCGCUAGAGGCUGCUUUAGAGGCUGGGUACAGAUCUAUUGACACCGCAACUUUUUAUCAAAACGAAGACGUUAUUGGAAGAGUUGUCAAAAGAUGGAUUGACGCCGGGAAACUUAAACGGGACGAUUUGUAUAUUGUUACAAAACUACCUCCGAGUUUAAUGCGCCCUGAAGACGUCGAACCAUGUCUUCGUUCGUCGUUAGAAAAAUUGCAGGUAGAUUACGUAGACCUUUACUUGGUUCACGUACCUUUUGCAUUUCGAAAUGUCAGUGGUCAAAUGGUACCAAUAACUGAAAAGGGGCGCAUCGAUAUGGACAAGAGUACAGACCAUAUUGCCAUAUGGAAAAUGAUGGAAAAAAUGGUGGACAAAAAGAUGACGAAAGACAUAGGUCUCUCGAACUUCAACAUUUCUCAAAUAGAACGUGUCUUAUCUCACGCUCGUAUUCCACCUGUUAAUUUACAGGUGGAGUUACAUGUUUUUAAUCAACAAAACAAAUUGGUAAAUUAUUGCAGAAAACAUAACAUCUCAGUUACUUCUUAUUCUACAUUUGCUAGUCCGGGGUGCAAAGGCAUCGCUGUUAUACCAAAAAGUAAAGAUCCGGAGCGCGUUAAAAGUAAUUUCGACAUAUUCGACUUUGUCUUGGACGACGACGAAAUGAAAGAGUUGAACGAUUUGGACGCUGAUCCACCCAUUAGGGUGCUCGACAUGACCAUGUUUCCCGGCAUAAAAGAACACCCGGAGUAUCCAUGGUAAAAAAGUCGUUUCAAUUUUACACCAUAUUAGAAGAAGACCACAGAAAUGUUUAAUUAGUCACAAAUAAUAAACAUGUAAUUGUAGCAAAUAUUUAUUAUCACACAUGGUACUUAUGCCACUAUAGUGUUUAUGAAUAUAUAUUUAAUAACAAUAACAAUAACACUGUAUUGGGUUGGAUUUAAGCAAUAAAAGUAAUUGUGA